AUGGGUCGUUUUAUGAAUGAAGUGGAGGUUGGAAGAGUGAGGGAAUGUUUGACGGAUCCGGAAAAAAGAAUGGCGGCAAGUAGGCCGGUCAAUUGCAGAACAGAGAAGGGGUCAAUGACCCUUCGUUCCACUGACCAUGUCUACAGGGAGGGGGUCUAUGUUCAUGGAUGGUACCCUGAGUCUUAUCCAAAAGAUCACGAUUUCAAAUGGGACUGUCCUAGAUCGCUAUUCCGAUCAACUUACCAGAGAUUUGCUGAAAAAGAUAAACCAACCCCACCGAGCCACUACACGGCAACGAAUGAUGAAAUGUUUCGAUUGAAAGCUCAACCAUUGCCGGCAUGCUCACACAGAAACAUGCUGAUACCUGAAGAAAGUCUUUGCAUUAUGAUCGAUAGAGAACUGGAAGUAGCGAAGGAAUCAAAUUCCUGUAAAAACAUUCUGCCGAAACAUUUGAAGGACCCAUUGAAAUUUUACGACCUCACCACUAAUGUCGACACGUAUCGUCUGCAGCUACCACUUAUUGAGACCAAAAACGAAAAGCAACGAAAAUACGAAGAAUCCCAAAAAGAGGACUUGGAAAGGACAAAAUUCCUCAGCCUCUGCAACCGGAAACCAGUAUCCCAAUUUACGGAUCUCGACGGACGGAAGAGGGAUGGAGUGAAUGUGUGGAUGGAUGAUAGUGGGGUGUACUUUAACACCGCUUACAGAAUGAAGAACCCCGUGUAUUAUAAGUUUGUGUCCCCGUACACUGAAAGAGUAUAA